AUGAACGCCGCCGGGGCCCGGGCUCCGCAGGCCGCCGGUGCCGGGGGGACCAGGCUGGCGUCCGCGGGGAGCCGGAGUCCGAGGCGGCGGCGGCGGCGGCCCGAGGAGGAGGCGCAGGCGAAGAAGGCUCCGCGAGGAGGAGGAGGAGGAAGAGGAGGGAGCGAAUGGCCGGCGGUCGGGGCGCCGCCGCGAUGGCUCCCCGCUCCUGCUCCUCCGCGCCCUCGCCCCGCGCCGGCGCCCGGCCUGCCGGCCUCGGGCUGGCUGCUGCGGCGGCGGCGCUGGGCUGCGCUGCUGCUGCUCGGGCUGCUGGCGGCCGGCGCGGCGGACGGGUGCGAGCUGGUGCCCAGGAACUUCCGUGGGAGGCGCGCGUCGGCGGCUGCCGCCUCCUCGCCCGCCCCGGCUGCGGGCGACAGCCCGGCGCUCAUGACAGAUCCUUGCCUGUCAUUGAGUCCACCAUGCUUCACAGAAGAAGACAGAUUUAGUCUGGAAGCUCUUCAAACAAUACACAAACAAAUGGAUGAUGACAAAGAUGGUGGAAUUGAAGUAGAUGAAAGUGAUGAAUUUAUCAGAGAAGAUAUGAAAUAUAAAGAUGCUACUAAAAAACACAGCCAUCUACACAGAGAAGAUAAACACAUAACUGUUGAGGAUUUAUGGAAACGAUGGAAAACAUCAGAAGUUCAUAAUUGGACUCUUGAGGACACACUUCAGUGGUUAAUAGAGUUUGUAGAACUACCCCAGUAUGAGAAGAACUUUAGAGACAAUAAUGUCAAAGGAACAACGCUUCCCAGGAUAGCAGUACAUGAACCUUCAUUUAUGAUAUCUCAGUUGAAAAUCAACGACCGGAGUCACAGACAAAAACUUCAGCUCAAGGCACUGGAUGUGGUUUUGUUUGGACCUCUAACACGCCCUCCUCAUAACUGGAUGAAGGAUUUUAUCCUCACAGUUUCUAUAGUAAUUGGUGUUGGAGGUUGCUGGUUUGCUUAUACACAGAAUAAAACAUCAAAAGAACAUGUUGCAAAAAUGAUGAAAGACUUAGAGAGUCUACAAACUGCAGAGCAAAGUCUAAUGGACUUACAAGAGAGACUUGAAAAGGCACAGGAAGAAAACAGAAAUGUUGCUGUAGAAAAGCAAAAUCUAGAGCGCAAAAUGAUGGAUGAAAUCAAUUUCGCAAAGGAGGAGGCUUGUCGGCUGAAGGAGCUAAGGGAGGGAGCUGAAAGUGAAUUGAGUAGACGUCAAUAUGCAGAGCAGGAACUGGAACAGGUUCGAAUGGCUUUAAAAAAGGCAGAAAAAGAAUUUGAACUCAGAAGCAGCUGGUCUGUCCCAGAUGCACUUCAAAAAUGGCUUCAGUUGACACAUGAAGUAGAAGUACAGUACUACAAUAUUAAAAGACAGAAUGCCGAAAUGCAAUUAGCUAUUGCUAAGGAUGAGGCAGAGAAAAUUAAAAAGAAGAGAAGCACAGUCUUUGGGACGCUGCAUGUCGCACACAGCUCCUCCCUAGAUGAGGUAGACCACAAAAUUCUGGAAGCAAAAAAAGCUCUCUCCGAGCUGACAACUUGUUUACGAGAACGACUAUUUCGCUGGCAACAGAUUGAGAAGAUCUGUGGCUUCCAGAUAGCCCAUAACUCGGGGCUCCCCAGCCUGACCUCUUCCCUUUAUUCUGACCACAGCUGGGUGGUGAUGCCCAGAGUCUCCAUUCCACCCUAUCCAAUCGCUGGAGGAGUUGACGACUUGGAUGAAGAUACACCUCCGAUAGUGUCACAGUUUCCUGGGACCAUGGCUAAACCUGCUGGGUCGUUAGCCAGAAGCAGUAGCUUGUGUCGCUCUCGUCGCAGCAUCGUGCCAUCCUCACCGCAGACCCAGCGAGCUCAGCUCCCUGCGCACAGCGCUCCGCAGCCGCCACACCCUCGGCACGCCCACCAUCCCCAGCACACACAGCACUCUUUGGCCUCCCCUGAUCCAGACAUCCUCUCAGUGUCAAGUUGCCCUGCUCUUUAUCGGAGUGAAGAGGAGGAGGAGGCCAUUUACUUCUCCGCUGAGAAGCAAUGGGAAGUACCAGACACAGGUUCAGAAUGUGACUCCUUAAAUUCUUCCAUUGGAAGGAAGCAGUCUCCUCCUUCCAGCCUUGAGAUAUACCAAACACUGUCUCCUCGGAAGAUAUCAAAAGAUGAGCUCUCUCUAGAGGAUUCGUCCAGAGGAGACUCGCCCAUCACUGCGGAUCUCUCCCGGGGCUCUCCAGAUUGUGUGGGGCUGACAGAAACGAAGAGCAUGAUCUUCAGUCCUGCAAGCAAAGUAUACAACGGCAUCUUGGAGAAAUCCUGUAGCAUGAACCAGCUUUCUAGUGGCAUCCCGGUGCCUAAAGCUCGCCACACAUCCUGUUCCUCAGGUGGCAACAACAGUAAACCAGUGCAGGAAGCCCCGAAUGCUGCCAGGAUGAGCAGCAUCCCACAUGACCUCUGUCCUAAUGGAGAGAAGAGCAAAAAGCCAUCAAAACUCAAAAGCCUUUUUAAGAAGAAAUCCAAGUGA